AUGGUCAGCGUAAAGCAUGUCGCAAUUUUCGCCGCGGCGCUCCUCGGUGGAUCUCAUGCCCUCAACGAAACUUUGCCAGUGCCUUUGAUGGUGAAUUUAGCCUCAACAGAGACUGUCGUCGGGGGGCUGUACCGGCCUUAUAAUGUCGGACCGAGAGCAGAUAUCGCCGUUUUCGUUAUGCAUGCUGAAAGUGACUACCUUUCUUUUCCUGUUUGUGUGCAGCUGGCUCAGCGAGGAUACACGGUCUUUUGCGCUCAAAACGGAGCUAGUAAAUGGAUGGGUGCGUCGGAUGUUGACUUUGAAAGCAUGAUGCUCUCUGUGUCCGAAGGCGUGGACUACCUUCGCAAUAUGACGGAAGUCGACCAGAUCGUGUUAUGGGGACACAGCGGUGGCGGUGCCAUGAUGGCGGCCUACCAGAACAUAGCGGAAAAUGGCCUUUCGGCAUGCAAUGGGUCAGAAAAGCUUUACCCAUGUUCGUCCGCUUUGGCAAACCUUUCUGCAGCUGAUGGGGUGAUUCUGGUUGAUGCUAACUAUGGGCUGUCGACUAUGAUGUUGUUGAGUCUCGGUGCUGAGGUCACUGACGAAAGAUCUGGCUUGAACACAAAUUACAGUCUAAGUGUAUACAACCCUGCCAACGGCUUCAAUUCCACGGGUGUAAGCAACUAUACAGACCAAUUCACAAAGGAAUUCCACUCGGGAGUUGCACGCCGUAUGCAAGGGCUCGUUGCAUAUGCCGAGGGCCGCCUAGCAGCCAUCAAUGCCGGCAACGCAACAUUUGAGGACGACGAAGACUUACAAAUCGUCGAUGCUGGGUAUGGAGUUAACAACAACAAGUUCUUUUCCCAAGAUACGCGAUUCCUCUCCCGCACAGUUCACCCAUGGCCGCUGCUGCACAAGAAUGGAUCCACCACAACGCAAAUUGUACACAGCGUACGAGUGCCGACCAACUUUGGCCCGGACACUGCUGCUUCUUACGCAGACGGCGCAGCAAAAACCAGCGUCAAGAAGUUCCUCAGUGGAUAUGCGAUUCGUGUCGCUGAUGAUUUUGCGUACAACGCAACCGAUUUCACCGGGGUUCAGUGGAAUUCCAGCCAUAUGGUGCCAAUCCAGGCUGCCCCGGGCAUCACAGUGCCCCUUCUCACCAUGGGUAUGACUGGACACUGGGAGUAUCUCAAUGCCGAGAAAAUCUACUUGAACUCUGGCAGCAAUGACACGUCUAUUUGUUUCGUCGAGGGUGCUCAGCACACCAUCGACACAUGUACGGAAUGCGAGACGUACCCGGGCCAGUAUGGAGACACGACCAAGACGGCUUACGACUACAUGGCUGACUGGCUGGGUAAGAGUGGUCGCUUUCUAUAG